GAGAGAGAGGGAGAGAGAGAGAGAGAGAGAGAGAGGGAGAAAGAGAGAGAGAGAGAGAGAGAGAGAGAGAGAGAGAGAGAGAGAGACAUCCUGCCUGUCUCAUGUAGGCUUACAUUGAGGGAGGGUUAUGCAAAUCCGGCAGCCGGCCCCUAUUGGGGGAGUAACAAGCAAACUGCUGCUGGUAGUCCAAGCUCACACACACUCUCACACACACUCUCACACACACUCUCACACACACUCUCACACACACUCUUACACACACACUCUAACACUCACACAGCUAACCUUGACAUAAAGAGAGAGAGCGCCUGCUGAACCCAUCACAACACUUCUAUCCCAUCUCCUGUACGUACUGUACCUGCUGUACCUUUCCUCCUUCUCCUCUUUCUUGCUCUGCCUUUCCUGAGCACGUCUCUUCUUCUCACAUACCUCCUUCAUUAAAGGACUCUCAGAGGUUCUCGGAUGCAGAAAGGAUGGUUCUAGAGCAGCAGACUUUUCACCGGGAGCCAUACUCCUCCUGUGUCUGAAGGAGUGAGCAUUCACAGGAACUCCUCAUGACUACAGAACAGCUGAUUCUCCUGCCGCAGAACCCGCAGAACCGCAGAACCCUCAGAACCCUCCAUCCUUCUCUUGUUCGAAUCUGAAAUAUGAAGUGUCCACUUUGCUGCCUCGCUCUGCUGCCUCUUUUACUGGGACUCAAUUUGGUGGAUGCCAAGGGAACGAUCUAUGGAAACCCCUACAGAUUUAAUCUGUUCAAGGCCGGAGCCGGUCCACAUUUUAACCCGGGCAAACCCAUGACUCGCCACAAAAACCACUGUGCCUAUAUUGUCCAGAAGAACAUCACCUGUACCAUGCAGGAUGGAGUGGCCACCUACGUGAAAGCGGAUUACGCCACCAAGUGCAUCUGGGGACAGAAGUGUCCUGUCGUGAUGUAUCGGACAUUCUUCAAACCUACCUACAAGGUUGGCCAUAAGACAGUGACAGAGCUGGAAUGGCGCUGCUGCCCAGGCUACUCUGGAGAAAACUGCUUUGGUGGCCCUACGCCUGGCCCAGACUCCAUCAUACCACCAUUCAAGGGCUCCAUUCAAGGACCCAGACCUGGGAUGAAGGGUUUCCCAUGGGGUCACAACAAGACACCAACUCCUGGGUCAGGGCUGGAGAUAGGCAUCCCUCUUUUCCCUGGUGGUCAUCAUGAUAACAUGCCAACCGGACACGUGCCCUCGGCAGGUCCAAGUAUGGGUGUCUCUGGCGAGCGUCUAGAUCGUAUGGAGCAGGAUCUAAGGAGGCUUUCACAGGGUUUGGACACUCUGAAUGGUCUGAUCACUGGCCUGGAGGACCGUCUCCGUGUCUCGCUUCGUGAGGACACCACCAAGAUGGUGAGCACCCUGUUAGGUGGGGCCCCACGCCAGCCAGAUUCUACAGUGGGCUUUGCUGUCAUCCCUGAGGGCUUGCCGGACACCACAAAGGGCGGUGAGGGCUUCCCGGUCCUUGGUGAGCUGGUGGGAAGGGUGACAGAGGUAAAGGACGAGCUAAGGGUCAAGAGUCACAUGCUGGACGAGAUCCAUGGUAUGGUAAUGGGCCAUGAUGGGCAGCUGAAGAGGCUGAUGGAGGUGCCAACUGGGGGCAUCCAGACGUUAAUGGAGAAGCUGCUGGAUGAAAGACUGGCUGGCGUCAGAGCACAGAUCCUGGAUGGGUUUGAAAGAAGGCUGAGUGACAUGGAAAAUCACUGCAAUGAAAAGAUUGGACAGGUUCAGAAGAAUUGCCAUAAGGAAUACCUGAAUGGUCAGGAGCAGCACCAGCAGUUAUUGGAUGGUCGUGAAACAGGCCUGAGGAAAGAACUGGGUGAUCUUCAGGCUCAGAUCCAGGGUCUGACAGUGACCCCGGGCUGCUGUGGUCAGAUUAAUGAUCUCUCCGAGAGGACCCUGCAUCUGGAAGAGUCUGUUAAGGGCCUGACAGAGUCUCAGAGGCAACUUCAGACCGUACUGAGUGAGCAGACAAUCCACUUGGAGACAAUGUUGGAUACUCGCUUACGAGAUGUCGAGGGCCGUCUGGGCAAGGCAGAGUUAGAUGACCUGGGUGGAGGUAUGGGAUCCCUGGAUGGAUUUAAAACCCUUCUUGAGGACAAACUGAAAAGCCUGGAGGAGCGUGUUUUUGUGGCUGUGGAGGAAUUAAGCAACGCCACAUCUCCGGCGCUACUGGAAGGCCAAGUAGUGCCAGCAUUAGGGACGGAGAUUGAGAACAUCCGUAGACGUAUGGAAGCUGGUUUGGAUGGUGUCCAGAAGCAAUUAACAGAUCUUGAGCUUCUUUGCACUUCAGCUUGCUCUCCGGUGCCCAGUCCCGAUGCAGCACUUAUUCAAACGGAAAUUGAAGAGUGCAAAGACUUGGAGAAGAAGAUUUCAGGGCGUCUGGACACACACACGGAUAUGUUGGACCGUCUAAAUAGUACGCUGCAAGGACUUCUGUUUCAAAUUGCUCAAGAGGACCAAGAGGACUCAAUACAGGGUGAAAUCACACUCCUCAAGAUUAAUGUCAACUCCGUAAACCGCACCCUAAAGGGCUUGAGAGAUUCCGUGCACCUAUUCACUCAUGAGAUGAGUCACGUUAACUCCACAUGGCAGGAUCGCCAGCAGCGGUUGACCACACAAGUGCAUGACAUCGCCAAGCUUGUGGGCCAGCAGGGAGAGUUGCUUGGUGCUGGAGAGCGCAGAUUAGUGCAGCUGAAGGGUGAGCUGCAGGGACUGAGGAGGAGGCUGUCAGGGGAACUGCAGGGAUGUCGGGGCACAGCGCUGGAUGCUCAUCGUGAGGUCAUGGGAGUUGAAAGCCGUGUAGCCCAGGUUGAAGGCCAGUGUAGCAGCCUGGGAGAGCUUGCUGAUCAGUUGGAGAGGAUUCGCGCAGAACUCGAGAGCCAUUCCGACAGCUAUCUGGCGCAGGUCAAUGGCACCCUCGCUAGCCACACCCAGCAGCUUGCACAGCUCAAAAAUGGACUUCAGGAGUGCGUAAACAAGCCGGUCCAGUAGCCACCUGGAUACAGAGACGCUUCAAGAUCUGAUUGUACAAAUUGAGAUGUUUCUCUUUCUGGUUUUAUCAACAGGGCAUUGUUUUCUUACUUCUUGCUUCAUCUUCUAGACUGUUAUCUUUGUUUUUGUCUUUAUUUUGUGUUGUUUCUAACCAAUGUGUUAACUUAUAUAAAGAAAAAACCUGAUUAUGAUGUUAUAUAUUGUACAGUUUAGCCCAGCCAUUCCCCUUAAUUUGCACAGUUUUCCCUGCUGUAGCACAUUUAAUUCAACUGAUCUGCUAAUCACUAAUAGGUAGCCUACUUCAUAAACUUUCUUGAACUCUUGAAUUUUUAUUUUUUGGGGGGUUUUUAUAUUCUGAAAACAUCAGAUUUAUGGAAUGAUGUCUGAUUUACAAGCUGCUCCACACAUCUCAUCUCACGUUUCUCUCAGUUACGUCUAUUUUAAAAUGACUGUCGACAUUAUGGUGCUAAACAUAAAGUGUGAAAUUAUUUGUAUGUGAAAUAUAUGUCUCCUUAUCACUUUGAGGUUUUUUUUUUCUAUGAGAUUAUAAUUUUUCAUGAUUAAAAGUUUGUGUUCAGAACAAAAUGAGAACUAGGUGUGGCUGCAGCAUGGCUUGGAUAAUCACAUAUAAAAGAUGGACUGUUUUUCCAAUAUUAACCACUAGAGGCAGCAAUAACGCUAAUAAAGAGAUACACUUUAGGACUCAAUGCUUACUUUUUCAUUUUUAUUUUUUGUCUCCUGUGGAAUCCCAUUUUCAGCAGGUUGAAAAGAUAGAAAAAUACAUAAUGAAUUUUUUUUUAUUUAUUUUUGAUAGCAGCAGUAUGAAUUUUGAGAUAAGUCAGAAUUUCUAAGAUAUGUUAGAAUUAUGAGACCAUAAGACAGAAUUUUGAGACAAUAACUCAGAAUUGUCACGUAAUUGAAAAAUUUUAGAUGAGGCAGAAUUUUCAGAUAAUAUGUGAGAUAAUUUUCAGAAUUUUGAGAUAAUAAGAUAGAAUUUUCACAUAAGUGAAAAUUGAGAUAAGUCAAAAAGUUUUACAUCAUAAUUGAGAUGAUAAGCCAAAUUUGACACGUCAGAUGUUUUUUUAGAUAAUAGGUCAAUUAUUGAGAAUUUUGUCAGAAUUCAGUCAGAAUUUUGAUAGAUUUUAGAAAAGUGAGUUAAGUCAAAAAUGAGAUAAGUCAGAAUUUUGAAUUCUGAAGUGUUGCAGCUACAAAAAAUAAAGGAAAAAGUUGUGAUUAUUAUUUUUCUUUUCUGACAGAAAAGGGUCUCUAUAGUCUCCAUAUUUCCGUAUUUUAUGUGCUCAGUUCAUAUCACUUGCAUAAGAAUAUUGUAGAAUGUAAUAUAUGACAAUUCAGAUAUAAUUUUAUACUAUAAUGACUUAUUAUUCUGUUACUGUACUUAAGUCAGGUUUUGAAGUUUCUGUACUUGGGUUUUUCCUUCACUUCAUAAUUUAGACACUAUAUUUCAAAAAGAAAUUCCCAACAUCAAACAUUUCACUACAUUUUCAAACAGCAUAUUUCUGUCAAAUUAUAUCUGUCAAGUCGUAAG